AGGGAUUCAAUGGCAGCGGUUGCGAGCGUGUCUACAUCAAUACACAAACGGAUGAAGUGUAUAAAAAUGUUCCUCUCGGCUCAUCAGUGGACAUGAUGGAGGCGAGAAAGUCAAAUUGACAAUAUCAUAGUAGGAGCGCACUAAAGGGGCGACGGUCCGCUGCACUACACUGAAGUAGGGAUGUCUACAGUGGAAGAAGAAGAAGGGGGAGGGUACCACUUUGUCACAGGCUGCUAUGUAGAUUAACCUUUCAAUUAGUUGUUAUCAGGUCCUCUCCAUGUCUCGGCGCAAGCUUCUCAGCCCUCGUUGUAACAGAUCAAAUCCCACGAAAUCGCUCGGAUAUGUCGCCGCUCGUUCAUCCUUCGACGUUUCCCCGAUAAUGAAGAGGAGUAUCCGAGGGGGGGAAAACUUGAAGAGGUAAAACUACCAGCAAAUAUUCACGAUUUAAUCUCGGAUUAGAUAUCUAAAUCUUCAGGUCAGCUGGUAACUACCAUUGUGGAAUUUACUAGUGCCAAGAUUUCCUCAAGUUCAAUGUCAGACACCCAGGAAUGAGAAGAAACAUGUGGAUCCUAGAGUGGAACGUAACUUUUUGACCCCAUUGAAGGAUGUGGAUGUACCCAGUUUUCAGCUGCAGAGAGUGGGAAUCUGUAUGGAUCGCGUUUUUGUGAAUCUAAUUCUUCAGCCAUGGUAAAACUUGCGAACCCUCUGUACACGGAGUGGAUUCUUGAAGCAAUACAAAAAAUCAAAAGGCAAAAGCAGCGGCCCUCGGAGGAGAGGAUUUGUCAUGCGGUGGCCACGUCGCACGGACUGGACAGGAAGACUGUCCUUGAACAGUUGGAAUUAAGUGUUCACGAUGGCUCCAUUCUCAAGGUUACAAAUAAGGGGAGCGCCUCUUACAAGGAUCCAGGAGUUCCUGGGAGAGUUGGAUCAAUCUCGCCUGCAAACGUAUCCGUGCCAUCAAAGGAAUCUAUAUGGAAUUCAAGCGAUCUUCGCCAUAUUGAUUGGAAUAAAAUACUUAAGAGGGCCAUUGAGGGCCUGGAUGAUACCCACGGCUCCUCGCUCAAGAAUAUCGAGAGGUAUCUGAGGAACCAGGACGACCUCUCAGAUAUUGUUGACAACUGUGCGUUCAGGCAGAGGUUGCGGCUGGCGGCCAAGCGCUCGGUAAACAAUGGCAGGUUGUCCAAAAACGGCCCGCGUUACAAGAUGAGCCUUGGCGGCGCCGAGGGGAGGGGUUCCAGGUGUCCGCACGCUUCCCCCUUGGUCCUGUCGUCAGUGACGCUGCUUCCUCACGAACGGGAACAGCUCCGGGUUGACCCCAUCCCAAUAUGCAGUUUCUGUCUUGGAACGAAAGAGUCAAAUCGGGACAAGCGGCCAGAAGAGCUGCUGUCCUGUGCAGACUGUGGGAGCAGUGGGCAUCCAUCCUGUCUGAAGUUUUCCCCUGAAUUAACCUCAAAUGUGAAGAGAUUGCGGUGGCAGUGUAUUGAAUGCAAAACCUGCAGCUCCUGUCGAAUACAGGGCAAAAAUGCUGAUGAGAUGCUAUUCUGCGAUUCAUGUGAUCGGGGCUUUCACAUGGAAUGUUGCGACCCGCCGCUUUCAAGAAUGCCAAAAGGAACCUGGAUCUGUCAGGUCUGCAGGCCCAAGGAGAAUGGGAAGAAACUGCUGCACAAGAAAGCCGAUCAGAUCAAACGUCGAUAUGCAAAGCCAAUCGGAAGGCCCAGAAAUAAGCUCAAACAAAGAAUGUCUGUAACCAGUUGUGACGGCUCCAUGGUAGCACUUGGAGGAAGGGGGUCACCUGGUAGGGGUCAAAAGAUUACCGUCUGUUCCACACCUUCAUCUGGUCAUGCUGCAUCUGUGAAGGACGUCAGAGACAGAUUGGCUGUUGCAGACCCCCGUUGUGCGGUCGACGCCACCCAAUUCACCACUUCCACCCCCACCACCACUCCCUCCCUCACGCCCACCUCCACCCCAGCUGCACUCACCGUUAACAAGAAAACCAAAGGGCUUAUUGAUGGGCUUUCCAAAUUCUUUACCCCUUCCCCAGUGGGCCGUCGCUCGCGAGCUCUUCCCGUAGAGUUGCCUGCCAAGCAUUUAGGCUCUAGAGACAGGAGUCCUCCCAAACUGUCCAAGCCACCAGAGUCAUUUGCCUUCGUUGUUGGCUCCACUCAAAAGAUUACGCCCUCGUCCUCUGCACUUCCUUCCGCUCCCACAUUGCCGGGACUUAGCCCCCCCUCGCAGGUGUCCAGCAGCUCCACCUCCGCUAACUCACCCCAAAGCUCUUCCAGCCAAUCUAGUGUUCCUUCUCUGAGUAGUCUCUGCAAUAGCAGCCAACUUAAGGGACUUUUUGACGGACUUUCUCACAUAUAUACUACUCAGGGACAGUCGCGGAAAAAGAGACUACCUUCCUACGCACCGCCUAAACGCAUGCACCAUAAGCAGGAUUCGCCCCAUGCAUCCAAAUCGGGUCCCCAGCGCCUUGGAAAGAAUGAGUUUAAUAAAAAUAGGUUGCACUCCACAUCUGCUGGGCCGGGGCGGCCCAGAGGACACGCUUUUAAGAUGGUCAGUCAUUUCAAACUAAACCCCUUCCUUAAAAAGCACAGGACACUAGGCAGGCUGAGAUAUAAAGUGAGCCCUCAGAAGGGAGCCCCCUCACCAGGAAAGGCAGACUUGACAGACGGAAGAAUUAAGCCUGAGAAUAAUCAUGGCCACAACCGGGAGCUUCGUGUGAAGCAGGAGGCCCAAAUGGACUUUGUGGCCAUGUCGAGAGACCAUGUCACAGAAGAGGACAUUGAGACAUUCACACACGUGCAGGAACUUGCAGCACAGAGAACUGGAUCUCUGAACACAGACUCGAUGCGAUGUCCCGCUGUCAUUGAAUUUGGGAAGUAUGAGAUUCAGACGUGGUACUCGUCACCUUAUCCUCCUGAAUAUUCAAGAUUACAAAAGCUUUAUCUGUGUGAGUUCUGUCUGAAGUACAUGAGAAGCAAAAACAUUCUCCAGAGGCACACAAAGAAGUGUGGCUGGUUCCACCCGCCAGCCAAUGAAAUCUACAGAAAGGACAACCUUUCCGUGUUUGAGGUUGAUGGAAAUGUCAGCAAACUAUUCUGCCAAAACCUCUGCCUGUUAGCCAAGCUUUUCCUGGAUCACAAGACCUUGUAUUAUGAUGUGGAGCCUUUCCUCUUCUACAUACUUACGAAGAAUGAUGAGAAAGGCUGUCAUCUUGUGGGCUAUUUCUCCAAGGAAAAGCUUUGCCAGCAGAAGUACAAUGUCUCCUGCAUAAUGAUCAUGCCUCAGUACCAAAGGCAAGGAUUUGGAAGGUUCCUUAUUGAUUUCAGUUACCUUCUCACCAGGCAAGAAGGACAAGCCGGCUCCCCGGAGAAGCCACUGUCAGAUCUGGGUCGCUUAUCCUACCUGGCAUAUUGGAAAAGUGUCAUACUGGAGUACCUUUAUAAGCACCCAGAUAAACACAUCAGUGUUAAAGGAAUAAGCAGGGCCACUGGGAUGUGUCCACAUGACAUUGCCGCUACUCUCCAGCAGCUCGGCAUGAUUGACAGACAGGAUGGCAGGAUUGUGCUAAUCAGAAGAGAGCGACAGAUUCAGAGGCACGUGGAGAGACUGAGAGCGAACCCACGUCAGAACACGGUGGACCCCGAUGCCCUGCGCUGGACACCUCCCUCUGGCUUCAGUGCCGUGCUGUCUGAAGAGGAAAGGGAGGCAGAGAUGGAUGCUGAGCGGCUGAAGGAGCAGGCCAGUUGCUGGGAGAAGGAGAGGGAGAGCUACAUGAUGACUCACAGUAACAGGCAACCUCUCACCAAGGUCCACUGCAAGGUUCCCUACAGGACCUAUGAGCGGCGCCCGGCGCCGUCGUGGACACGGCGCAUUCUGCCGUCCAAGGAAGUGAGCGAUGACGAAGCCGAUGACGACGGCGACUCCGAUGCCUCGGAUGGCUCAUCCUGCAUCCUGACAAAAGCCCAUGCAAUGCUCGCCGCCAAGAGAAAGAGAACCAUUGUGCUCAAAAAGAGAGGGCGUAAGAGAAAGAGAAUAAACAGCAGCGUAACGACAGAAACCAUCUCUGAGACGACUGAGGUGCUGAACGAGCCGUUUGACAACUCUGAGGACGAGCGGCCCAUGCCCCUGCUGGAGCGCACCUGCAGAGUGGGUGAGAUGGAGGAAGAGGAGGAGGAAAGGCCACCGAUUAUACCAAUGAAGCGGCGAAGAGGUCGCCCGAGGCUGGAGAAAAAUGCACACAAAGACAAUCUUCAACACUGGAAUGAAGGAGCUGAUGCCCUCUCUAAGAGACCCAGUAGAACCCGCCCAGUGAAGCGGAAGAAAGGAUGGCCCAAAGGAGUCAAACGCGGUCCUCCUAAAUGGAGGCUGAAGAAUGAGCGAAAGAUGGGAUUUAAGCUCAAUCUCUACACACCUCCUGAAACCCCCAUGGAAGCUGAGCAGCAUCAUAUUCAGACGGGGGAUGUGAAAGGGAAACAAGACCAGGCUUUUGUCACUGCAGACACGGGCAGCACAGCAGCCAGAGGGACUUCUAGUGUCGGAAUGAUGCAAGAGAGGCUCCCCACAGAGCCCCCUAGUCCCACAGACCAUGGCUCCCAGAAGUCAAGUUCCCCAGAGGAAUCACCGAUGGCUUCUCCGAUAGGCUCGGCUGCUGCCUCCCCAGGCGCCACGUCACCAAGACCAGAGGACAGAGGGGAUCUCUCCAUGCCGCCUGAAGAUGACCACCAAGAGAGUGAGAACGAGCAGGACUCCCGAGCCAAAGAUGUGAAACACGUCACAGAAAGCGCUCUGUCACUAGAGAAUGACAAUGAGGACGAUGAAGAGGAGGACGAGCAGAGGACUCAGAUUGAGGAUCAAGAUGCAGACGAUGAGGAUGACAGUCACGGCAAGGCAGGAGAACCGGACGGCAGCAAAGUGGAACUGGAGCAGAACUCAAAGGAAGUACCUGAACGCACCUCGUCUUUUUUAGAUCCAAAAGAAAGCAACGAGUCUGAGUUGUGUCAGCAGGUUUCUACUGUGACAUCUUGUGAAGAGAAACCGGCUGCUGUCACAGAAAACCUCCAAGAGGCUGUCACAGAAACAACAGUAGCAGCACCACCACCUAAAGCAGAAGCAGUUGCUUCGGUAGCAGCCGCAGAAUCUGAUAACGCUCUGGACUCUGAGUCAGAGGAAGACAGUGCUCCCAGUCCUUGUCCAGGUCACGUGGCUCCCCAGCCUGCAGAGAGGCAGACGCUUAGUCCCGUGCAGAGGGAAGAUGCCCCAGUCUGCACGGAGAUCGACUCGGAGACGGCGCAAGCUGUUCAAUCCCUGACACAGGAGACGGAGCGGGAAAACGUUUUCCAGGACUGUGUGGAGAGCCAGGAGCCCUGCAGGAGCCUGCAGGCCUACACCCGUGUCGCCCAGAGCCCCCAGCUCACCUCUCUGGAGGACUGCCCCCAGUCAGACCACAGCAGUCCACUGUCCUCCGCGCAGUCUCAUCCGAGUCAGUCGGUUCGCUCCGUCAGCAGCCCGGCGGUCUCCAUCCUGGAGAGCGGCUACACUCAGAUAAGCCCCGACCACAGUGCCAUCUCAGUGCCCUCGCUCCACAACAUGGAGACGAGCCCCAUGAUGGAUGUGCCAUCGGUGUCGGACCACUCGCAGCAAGUGGUGGACAGCGGCUUCAGUGAUCUGGGCAGCAUCGAGAGCACCACGGAGAACUACGAGAAUCCCAGCAGCUAUGACUCCACCAUGGGGGGCAGCAUCUGUGGGGCAGGCCCCACCCAGAACAGCUGCUCCUAUGGCACCAUUCCCCCCAGUGGCCUGGCCCAGAGCAGCUGCGCCGUGAGCCAGCAAAUGGCUGCCGUCAACCCCGGCAGCUGUGGGAUGAUUCAGCAGAACAGCCUGAGCUCGCCGCCGCACUGCAACGUCAAGUCGCCACAGGGCUGUGUGGUGGUAGAGAGGCCUCCCAGCAACAGCCAGCACAGUCAGCACAGCCAGCGCGGCCAGCACAGCCAACACAACUCUCACAGCAGGCACGGCCCACACAAUCAGCACAGCCAACACAAUCAGCACGGUCCACACAAUCAGCUAAGCCAGCACAGUCAACACAAUCCCCACAACCCGCAUAGUCACCACCACAAUCACCACCUGCAGCACAAUCAGCUCAGCCAGCACAAUCAGCACACUCAGCAUAGCCUUCACAAUCAACACAGUCAGCACGGCCAGCAGCAGCCGCUGGCACAGUGCGCCAUACCCACCAACUUCACCACCACCAUGCAGCUGACAGACAUCGCUGAAUCUGGCAACACAAACUUUGCGCUCUUCGAGAGGCUCAACCACCAGGGGGAGUACGGCGGCGGGCACUACUCCCAGUCGUCAGGCCUGAGUCUGGCUAAACUGCAGCAGUUCACCAACACAUUCAUAGACCACCCGCACUCGCUGCCUUUCAACCACACUGCCUCUCAUCCCAUCACAUCGUAUGCAAACACACCUUCGCUCUCCUCACAGCACUCCAGCCUGGUCUCGCUGUCCCAGACCCCCCACAGAGUCCCCAACCCGCAGGUGCAGGCCACCAUGACCCCACCGCCGACCCUCAACUCCCCGCCCAUGAUGCUGCAGCGCAACAUGGGCAUCCCGCCCUCGCAGCAGAUCCAGCCCCAAAUGGCCUCCAAGACUCACAUCUCGGCCCGCGCCAAGUCGGCCCCGCUGUCGCACCACCAGCAGCAGAUGUACGCCCGGCAGCCGCAGGCCGUGGCCAUGCAGGCGCCGUCCAGGACGCUGGCCGCCAUGCCUCGCAUGAACAUGAGCGUGAACAUCAUGCCGGCCCCGGCCUACAACGUCAACUCCAUGAACAUGACCUCCCUCGGCGGCUACGGCAUGAGCCAGCCCAUGAUGAACAGUGGCUACCAUGGCAACCAUGCCUAUAUGAACCAGUCAACCCAGUACUCUAUGCAGAUGGGCAUGAUGGGAACACAGCCAUACCCCCAGCAGCCCAUGCAGGCUCCACCACAUGGCAACAUGGUGUAUACUCCAGCUGGUCACCAUGGUUACAUGAACACAGGCAUGUCCAAGCAGUCCCUGAAAGCGCCUUUCAUCAGGCGGUAACUGACUGAGCUGGUCCUUCGCGCGUGCAUUGUCGCCCGUCUAGAGAUGCACUGAUCUGGCCUUGUGUCCCUCUCUUGCGUUGUGUCCUUUUUCUUAUCGUUCUAUGACUUAAAAACCAGCAGCAGCAGCACUUGGGAAGAAUGCAAAAACUCCUCAGCAGCGAGUGAACAUUGAAGCUAAUGUUGAAAAGUAUUUUUGUUUGUCCAGAUGGGAAGCCUUACAUCGAUCGAUUACGAUGAAAAUCUAUUUAAUUAGUGGUAGCGUCUCUAAUGUGUCUUUAGAGCAGGUAGGUUCAGAGCUCAGAGGUAGAGAUUUCAUCAGUGGUCUUGCAGUUGUGUAGCAGCCUCAAAUGAAGCCAUUUAAUGUGCCUGCUACAAGUGGAGUUAGUGGCUGUUUGUACCUGUCUAACAGUGCUGACAAUUAGUUUGUACUAUACUCAUGCCUUUGUAUAUUUAAAUUAUUGUACUUAUUUUGUAAAGUGACAACUAGCAUGCUUCAGUCUCUGUUAGUGACAGUGCAUUGAGUAGUACUGUACAAGUGUUGUGCUUAAUAGCAAGCCAUUUUAAAGAUAUCUGGCCUCUCCACAGGGAGAAAGAGGAAACUAUAUUUUGUUAAUUCUAAUAAUGUAAAAAAAUGUAAACCUAGUCCUGUUUUAUGUUUGGUUUGAGAGGUUUUAUUGCUAUCUAUGUAUAAUUCUGAAGUCUUUUGUAACAGAUCUCCUUGAGGCAGCUUUCUGUUUAAUAAAGCAGACUGAUUUCUGUCAAAAUAACAAAGCAUAUCUCAGUGUUUGUACCCUGAAAAAUUCUAAAACAUUUCAAACGGUCCAGAAGUGUGGCAGAAUUUAAAAGAACUAAAUGAUUAUAGCGAUGAAUAACAAUAAAGAAAGUAUAAAUUUAGUCCAAAGUUGAUAUUUUACAUAAUGCCUUUAAAGCUACGUUUUCAUUCCAUCUGUAGAUUUGUUUUCUAUCUUUAUAAAAUGUUGGAUUUAUAUUUUACUGAAGUGUAGAAGAAUACAGCCUGUGAAUAGACCAAACUAAGCUAAUGGAUUGCAUGUAAAACGCAACUUGUACUUGUGUUUUUGUUUAUAUUGCUCUUUUUGUAGCCUUUGUACCUGUACAGCAUUGCUGGUGAGAACAGGGGGGAAAUACCUGGCUAUGUGCACAAAAGUCGGACAGAAUGACAUUCUUGUAUUUAUGACUUUUCUCCUUUUGUCAGUCAUUUAAAAUGCUGUACAUUUUAGCAUAAGAAUAAAUUAUGAUUGACCAUG